AUGGCUAGGCAUCAUAAGCAUCACAGUCAAAAUCAUCAUCAUCAUUCACAUGAAAACUAUAAAGAGGAAACAGUGACUCAGGAAGAAAAAGAACCACAAAUAAUUGGCUUGGUUGAGCAAGAAAUGAAUAUCCCCAAUAAAAAGCCUUCCUCAAAUACGGCAUCUGGAUUCGUUUCACGUGUUUCAUCCAUUCCUGUUGUCCAAGAUAGUUUAUCUACCGUACAAGCCAUCGCAAGCAAGACAUCCCUGGGCCGAUUGGCGCUCUCUACAGCCAAUAAUACAUUCACUACUGUAUCUAAAUACACUUCCCAACCUAAAUAUGUUCAAACAUAUUAUGAAUCUUAUAUUCAACCCCAAAUCGAAAAAGCAGACGCUUUUGGAUGUCGCUCUUUGGAUUUUAUUGAGACCAAGUUUCCUGUGGUCAGUCAGCCAACCGAAGAUAUCGUUAGAGCUGUUACCGCUCCCUCUUAUCAGAUUGUCGAUGGCGUCAAGGUGAAAAUUGACUCAAUUAAACAACCUGCUCAUCAAGUCGUCAAGGAAGCCAAUAAGCGAUUUGGCUCCGUUGUUGAUAACGUAGAAGCUGUCAUCAACCGAUAUUUACCUCCUGCUGAGGCCAAACAACAGGACCGUACAGUCGAUGAAGUCAAUCAAGCUGUACGUGCUUAUUAUCUGUUGAACGAGGCAACCCUUCGCUUAACUCAACGUGUGCAGGAUCAAGUCAAGACAACCACUGCUCAAAUCCCCCGCUCACCUUCAGAUUUGGCUCGUAUUGCUGAAACAUCCGCCCUCAUUCAAAAGGCAACCCUCAACAUUCAAUCUCUUCAAGAGACAUUAGCUGUUUAUGCUCAAGCUGCUCAACAACGUUUACCUCCCGUUGUCACCGAACGUGUCUUGGUUCUUCAUGCAACAACCCAGGAACGCAUUCAAGGUUUGACUCAGCAAGUCUCCACCCAACUCCAGCAAGUCAUGGGCUACCUCAAGGUUCAAUCUUCCGAAACACCUGAAUGGUUGCGAUCCCGAAUUUCCUCUCUUGUUGAUAUUGCUAAUAAGCAAGUGGAAUUGGUUCGUAAUGAAUAUAGUCGUAAAGAUAUCAACUCCUUUGACAAAGCCAGAAAUGUCGCCCAAGGCUUUCAAUCUCAAGUCUUGCCUGUACUUGAAACUAUUCAAGCCCAGUUGAACCACUAUACUGAAGUCGCUCGUCAAAAGGCUUCUACCAAGUUUCCAUUUGACUACCUUGGAUUGAACCAUGCUCCUAAGUUAGCUCAAGCUCAGUAA